UAGAGUGGAACCAAAAUGUUUUUCGGCAAUGUUCCUGUGUGUUUCCUUUCGCGCCAUAAUUUCUGCAGCGACCAAGGGGCGGCGGCGGCGGCUCAGCCUCGAACCCCUGACCUGCGCCCUGUCGAGCGAUUCCCCACUCCUCACUCUGUCUCUCUCGCACCCCUACGGCAGACUCUAUGCGUGCGAGAGAGACAGAGCGACGAGUACCGCUCGACUGCUGCACCUCGGCGUCGUCUGCUCUGCACAUGCCUAGGCUGCCCGGUCCAGCUCGGCCCAGCCAGUUCAGCCAAGCCAGUCCCUUGGCAGUGGUGUAGUGGUAGUCCGGCCGGCCAGUCGACACACGAACGCACGCGGCACGCGCACGGCGACGCGACGACAGGAGGCUGCGACAGUCCGAGAGGCACGCCGCCAGCGGAGCACGGAGCCAGUGUAGUGUCGUGUGUUGCCGCUCAGGGACCACAACCAACCACAACAUCGCCGACCCCGUCCUCCCGGUGCCGCCACGCCCGCCCUGCGCGUCUACCGCCGUGUGUUUGGAGCAGUGCCUGCGUGCCCCCGUCGAGGCCCUCGCCCACCACACCCACAGCCACAGUCCAGGCUCUGGUCCAGGCCCAGUCCGAGCGCGGCGCAUCACCGUCAAACGCCUCUUCUCGAUGCGCAACUUCGGUGCCCGCGUGCCGCUGCUGCUGGGCAACCCCGAGGAGGGCCCCCCCGCCAGGGCCACCGGCGGGACCUCGGCCAUGGCCUUCAACGGGCAGGUGGCGGGCCGCGAGGGCCGCGCCCACCAAGCCCCUCUCCCCGCCUACCACUACUCGCCCGCGCCCGCCUACGCGCCCGCUCCUCCGCCUGCACAUCCAGGGUACUACCCAGGGCAGUACGGGGCCAACACGGAGCAGCCCUUCGACACCUACCCCGCAGCCUCCACCCAGAGCUUCUACGACGGGGCGUGUCGGAGCUCGCAGCUGUCUGCUGCUUACCCCGCCGAAGCGACUCACUACCCCGCUCCAACCUACCCCGCCCCAACCUACCCCGCCCCAACCUACCCCGCCCCAACCUACCCCCGCAGCACCUCUAUCCUACCCUUCUGCCCCGCUUGCAUAUCCAUAUGCAGCAACAGAGUACCCUUACGCCCCUGCAGCGCCUGCCUACUCUUACCCCGCGGUAUCGCACCCUUACCGCGCCGCAGCGGCCCCUUACCCCUCUGCAGCAACCAGUUACCCCUCUCCAGCAACUAUUUACCCCUCUGCAGUACCGACUUACCCCUCUGCAGUACCGACUUACCCCUCUGCAGCACCGACUUACCCCUCUACGGUACCGACUUACCCCUCUGCAGCAACGAAUUACCCCUCUGCAGCACCGAAUUACCCCUCUGCAGCACCGAAUUACUCCUCUGCAGCGUCUGCCCAACCAACGGCAAUGACUCAUCCUGCAAAAGAGUACCCGCCAGGACCUUCGCCGGGGUCUUCGGGGACUUACCCAUUCGGUUGCCCGGCCGAGGAAGCCCCGGCCCCCGCCCCCGCACAGGCCUCGGAACUGCCGCAACGAUCCACCUCGCCAGUGCAGGAGGUCCAGUAUGGUUGUGAGGCCGUCAUCUUAUCGAGCAUCAUUUUCUCGCAUAUCUGAUGGCGGCACGAGAGUGGAUACAUUUUAUCGUAAGGUCGAUGACAAUGUUUUAUGACAAUGUUUUAUGAUUUUUUUAUGGAUGUAUUGACCAUGCUCACUCAGUAUGAUGUUUUAUUUCAAAAUUGCUCGGCCAACGUUUGUAAUCAAGUAAUUGACUUUUGAGUAAAACCUAGAAUUUUAGAAUUUCAAAGAAUGA